AUGAUGAAGAAAAACAAUUCCUCCAAGAGGGGGCCUCAGGAUGGAAAUCACCAGUCUGCGCUGCCCGAGAAGGUCGGCUGGGUCCGGAAAUUCUGCGGGAAAGGCAUUUUCAGGGAGAUUUGGAAAAACCGCUACGUGGUGCUGAGAGGGGACCAGCUCUACAUCUCCGAGAAGGAGGUGAAAGAUGAGAAAAAUAUCCAGGAGGUGUUUGACUUGAGUGACUAUGAGAAGUGUGAAGAGCUCCGGAAAUCCAAGAGCAGGAGCAAGAAAAACCAUAGCAAGUUCACGCUUGCCCACUGCAAGCAGCCCGGGAACACGGCACCCAACCUGAUCUUCCUGGCGGUGAGUCCAGAAGAGAAGGAAUCGUGGAUCAACGCCCUCAACUCUGCCAUCACCCGGGCCAAGAACCGCAUCCUGGACGAGGUCACGGUGGAAGAGGACAGCUCUCUCGCCCACCCGACUCGAGACAGGGCGAAGAUCCAGCACUCCCGCCGCCCUCCCACGCGGGGACACCUAAUGGCCGUGGCUUCGACCUCUACCUCAGACGGGAUGCUGACCUUGGACCUGAUCCAGGAGGAAGACCCCUCCCCUGAGGAGCCAACCUCCUGUGCUGAGAGCUUCCGGGUGGACCUGGACAAGUCAGUGGCCCAGCUCGCGGGCAGCCGGCGGAGAGCGGACUCGGACCGAAUCCAGCCCUCGGACCGGGCGAGCGGCCUCCCGCGGCCUUGGGAAAAGCCGAGCAAGGGGGCCACCUACACCCCCCAGGCCCCUAAGAAGCUGACCCCCGCCGAGAAAGGCCGCUGCGCCUCCUUGGAGGAGAUCCUGUCUCAGCGGGACACUGCCCCGGCCUGCGCCCUCCACCCGCGGGCCGAGGAGCCCCCCGCCCGCACCCCCCCGCACCCGGGGCAGCUGUCCCGGAUCCAGGACCUGGUAGCGAGGAAACUGGAGAAGACUCAGGAGCUGCUGGCGGAGGUUCAGGGACUGGGAGACGGGAAGCGAAAGGCCAAGGACCCCCCUCGGUCUCCUCCCGACUCUGAGUCGGAGCAGCUGCUGCUGAAGACCGAGCGGCUGCUGGGAGAGGCGUCUUCGAAUUGGAGCCAGGCCAAGAGGGUGCUGCAGGAGGUCCGGGAGCUGAGGGACCUCUACCGACUGAUGGACCUGCAGACCCCCGACUCCCACCUCCGACAGACGGCCCAGCACAGCCAGUGCCGGAAGAGCCUCAUGUGA